AUGAACGGGCCCAAUGAGACGUUUGUUGGCCUUGAAAAGGCUUUAAGAGAAUCCAGCCGCGAACACAUGGAGCAGCAGCAGAAAAUGCAGGAGGAGAUGUUCAGGUGGGAGGAGCGGAAUGAGCAAAAGGCUCAUGAGCGCCAGUUAGAACUUUUGCAAGUGAUCUCGAACAUGUUUAGGCCUGCAAACCCACCAGCAUCUACAGCACAGACUCAAGACAACAGCAAUUAUACAAUGCUACCUCCACUAUCAUCAUCAUCUGGUAGCACACAACCGCCUUCGUCUUUUCAUAACCAGUACUGUUUUUCCCCGACUGCCACAAUUCCACCGCCUGCAUCAUCACCACUGCCUUUUACCAGAACACCAGCUUCAAGUCGCCCAUCGUCAUCUCAAAGCCAAUUCAACACGUAUUCCACUAUCACACCGUCAACCCAGCCAGGCACACUACGUCUACGUAACAAUGCCAUUCCACCCCCUUCAUCAUCACCACUGCCUUUUACCAGAACACCAGCUUCAACUCGCCCAUCAUCAUCUUCUGAAAGUAGAUUCAACAUGCAACCCACGAUCUUGCCGUCACCCCAGCCUGGCACAACACUGCGUCAACAUAAUACCCCACAGGAUAAUGGGAAAAAGGGCAUACACCAGCCAUGGUUUCAACUGUGA